AUGUACAAAACACCCCCGCAAAAUAAGUCUGCAGCUUCGACGGAGGACUUUAAUAAAAGGACCGAAAAACCAGUACCCACGGGUGGGAAAGACAAAGGGUCAACAUCUUCGGUAAGGAAAAGCAUUGGUGAGCUGGAAUCGCGUCUUGGCGCUGCACCAAAAAACACUAUAGCUACACUGCCGACGAAGCAAAAUACAAAAACUCCUACUGCAAAUGGGGGUGAUGACAAUCAAGUGGAUAGAGAAACGACCCAGUACUCAAAUAGAGCACAAGAAGCAAAAGCACACUUGGUAAGAAUAAAAUUACUAUUAAAUAGUUCACGUAACUUAAAGAACGAAAUAAAAGACGGCAUAAUAGAAGCUGCAGACAAAUUAUAUGGUAUGACAAAAAAUAUGGAACAAGGAAAAGGACAAAGCAUUGAAAAAGAAAAAUCAGGUAUAGGGAAGUGUCAUGAACUGGAGCACGAAUUAAUAAGAAAAUUAGAACAACAUACCGAAUUCCUCACCGAAUGCAGAACAGAGACCCAACGCUUGAGUGAAGAGGGCAAGAAUUGCAAAUGCAAGAUAGCCACUCGGGACUUCCUUGAGAAUAUAGAAAGGAUAUUCAGAGAGAAAGAACCGCUUUUAAUGUAA